AACCGACUUGUCAAACCUCCCUUUUUUCCCGAAUUUCUGUCACAGUCCUUAUUCACUAUGGGUCGGGGAAAUCGCAUGAAGAAGCAGGGUCCUCCUGCCCCGCUGGAUGAGUCCAAGAUCACCAUCUACAAAAAGCGCAAGGCCACUGAACCCCAGACCAAGCCCGCCGAGUCGGGCAAGAAGCGGAGAAGAGCGGCCGCUGAGGAGGAGGAGGAGGAGGAGUCCGUCAAGCCCGUCGCCAAGAAGAAGGCCAAUGGUGCUGUGAACGGCAAGGCGACCAAGGUCGAGGCUAAGCCCAAGGCUAAGUCUCAGGGCAAGGAGCAGAAAAAGCCCGCCGCGGCGAAGAAGUCGAGUUUCAUGGAUUCGGACGACGAGGCGGAGGAGGAUGAUGAGGAUGCGUGGUCCGACUUGGACGACGAGGAGAUGCAGGACGAUGAGUUCGGCGACCUCGAUGCCGUGAGCGAUGACGAGAUGGCCUCCGAUGAUGAUGACUCGGUUGUCGACUCCGAGGACGACGACCACCCCCGCGAAGCCAUGUUCUCCGACGAUGAAGACCUUUCCGACGCGGAGGAGAGGCUGACGGCUGCCAACAUUGAGGGUCUAUCCCGGAAAUUGGAUAUGGCGAGACAGGAGGAGGAGGAAGAGGCCGAGCUCGAAUUGCAGGAAUCCGCCAUGCAGACCAACAUCGCGGGCGACCGUCCCGACGUCUUCGCCGACGACGUGGGCCAGCCCGGUCUGGCCCCCGACCUCCAGCUGCUCCGCACGAGAAUCACCGACACCAUCCGUAUCCUGGGCGACCUGAAGACCCUCGGCCAGCCCGGAAAGUCGCGAACCGACUACGUCAACCUGCUCCUCGGCGACAUCUGCACCUACUACGGCUACACGCCCUACCUCGCCGAGAAGCUCUUCAACCUCUUCACCCCCAUGGAGGCGUUUGCCUUCUUCGAAGCCAACGAAACCCCGCGUCCUGUUGUUAUCCGUACGAACACCCUGCGCACCAACCGUCGGUCAUUGGCCCAGGCUUUGAUCAACCGCGGUGUGGUCCUCGAGCCUGUCGGAAAGUGGUCCAAGGUCGGUCUGCAGGUCUUCGAGUCUGCCGUUCCCCUGGGUGCCACUCCCGAGUACCUGGCCGGUCACUACAUUCUCCAGGCCGCCUCCUCCUUCCUUCCCGUCAUGGCCCUGGCCCCUCAACCCAACGAGCGUGUUCUCGAUAUGGCCUCCGCCCCCGGUGGUAAGACCACUUACAUCUCGGCUCUGAUGCGGAACACCGGUACCGUCAUCGCCAAUGAUGCCAGCAAGCCCCGUGCCAAGGGUUUGAUUGGUAACAUCCACCGUCUCGGCUGCAAGAAUACCAUCGUGACCAACAUGGAUGCCCGCACUGCCUUCCCCAAGGCCAUGGGCGGCUUCGACCGUGUCCUUCUCGAUGCUCCCUGUACCGGUACCGGCGUUAUUUCCAAGGAUCCCAGCGUCAAGACCUCCAAGAACGAGCGUGACUUCCUUGCCAUUCCCCACAUGCAACGCCAGCUGCUUCUGGCCGCCAUCGACUCCGUCGACCACAACUCCAAGACGGGAGGCUACGUCGUCUACUCGACCUGUAGUGUUACCGUGGAGGAGAACGAGGCGGUGGUCAACUACAUUCUGCGCAAGCGCCCCAACGUCAAGCUCGUCGACACUGGUCUGGGUGACUUCGGUAGCCCCGGUAUGACCAGCUACAUGGGCAAGCACUUCGACGCCAAGAUGACCUUGACCCGCCGGUACUUCCCCCACCGUGAGAACGUCGACGGUUUCUUCGUCUGCAAGCUCAAGAAGACCGGCCCGUCCCCGACCGGCAAGCCCGGCGACGCCGCCGCCGCCGCCGCAACCACCAAGUCCGACCGCAAGGCCAGCAAGUCCCCGUCCGCCCCCUCCACCGACGACGAGAGCAUCGACAAGACCCCGAUUGUUGACGAAGACGGCAUGGUUCUGGAGACCGAGGGUGGCUCGUUCGGUCCCUUCGAGGAAGACAACCAGGACGCCGAGCGCAUUGCCCGCGCGGAGCGCAACCGCCUGCGUCGCAAGGGUCUCAACCCGAAGGCCGUGAAGCCCGCCAAAUCCUCCAAGCCCAAGAGCGAAUCCGAAACCGAGAAGCCCGCCGUGGAGGCCUCCCCUAAGACGGAGAAGAAGAAGGCGGCUGAUGCCGACACCAAGGCCAAGAAGGAUGAGGCUACUUCGUCCCCGGCCGCCAAGAAGCCCGCGAAGAAGACCAAGACGCAAGAAUCCACCCCGGCCACCUCUACAACUACUCCCUCCGACAAGAAGAAGAGCGCCGCGAAGAAGCAGGCCGAUAACAAGAGCGGAAAGUCCAAGAAGCCUGCCAAGAAAUAAGAGAGGGCGGCAGUUGGGUUUGCAUAUAUUAUGUCUGGUUUGAAACAAAAGCAUUAGUCUCGUGUUUGGUAUGGGUGGCG